AUGUCGUAUUUCCUGCCCCACCUGCCCUCUGGCUGGCACGUCGACGAAGCCAUCAAAUCAGAGGAAGACAGAGUAGUUGUGAUUCGCUUUGGCCACGACUGGGACACGCAAUGCAUGGUCAUGGACGAAACCCUCUACGCUGUCGCCGAAAAGGUCCAGAAUUUCGCCGUCAUCUACCUCACUGAUAUCACUGAGGUACCGGACUUCAACAAGAUGUAUGAGCUGUACGACCCAUGUACUGUCAUGUUCUUCUAUCGCAACAAGCAUAUCAUGAUUGAUUUAGGAACGGGGAAUAACAAUAAGAUCAAUUGGGCUAUGGAUAAUAAACAGGAGCUUAUUGAUAUCAUUGAGACGGUUUAUCGGGGGGCAUCGAAAGGGCGCGGUCUGGUCGUUUCUCCGAAAGAUUAUUCGACGCGCUAUCGAUACUAG